GACCCAGCCUCCCUCUUUCACUUGCAGAGGGCUUUUGUGGUUUUUGCUUCUGGGGUCUUUGCUUUGUGUAACCUAUACAUACACACCCAUUAAGCUGAUUCUCCAAGCAAAUCCACAAGAAUCCCUCAAAAUGGCGUUUGACAGUGAGAAAAAAUCCAAGAAAAAGGACAGAAGUGAGCAGAAAAGAAAGCUUGAUGACACUGAAGAGGUCCAAGAUGUUGUGGAAACUAAAAAAGACAAGAAAAAGAAGAAAAAGGAGGCAGCUCUGGUUGAUGGGUCAGUGGUUAAUGGGUCAGAUGGGAAGAGUAGUGCCAAGAAAAUCAAGAAGGUGAAGAAAAAUCAAGAAGAGGAGGGAAAGAUUGAUGGGUCGGGUCAAAAUGGGUCAGAUGAGAAGAGUGGCAAGAAAAUCAAGAAGGUGAAGAAAAAUCAAGAAGAGGGGGGAGAGAUUGAUGGGUCGGGUCAAGAUUCUGGUGGGGAGGUUAGGGAGAGUAGUGAAGGUGUUGUGGUGUCUGGGAAAGGUAUUGAUGAUUCAAAGUUUAGACCUCUGAGGUCUUUUGAGGAAGCUGGGCUUCCUGAUGAGGUAAUGGAGUGUUGCAAGACUUUCGACAAGCCUUCGCCUAUUCAGGCGAAUUCGUGGAGGUUUUUGUUGGAAGGGAGGGAUUUUAUUGGGAUUGCGAAGACUGGAUCAGGUAAAACAUUGGCAUUUGGGGUUCCAGCUAUUGUCCACGUGCUCAACAAGAAGAAAAACAAAACAUGUAAACGGGUGAAUCCGCAAUGUCUUGUUCUUUCGCCGACUAGGGAGCUAGCUCAGCAAAUUUCAGAUGUCUUAUGUGAUGCUGGUAAACCCAGCGGGGUAAAAUCAGUUUGUAUUUAUGGUGGAACCUCAAAAGGACCGCAGAUUUCAGCUCUCAAAUCUGGAGUGGACAUUGUAAUUGGAACUCCUGGUCGUUUAAGGGACUUGAUUGAGAUGGGUGUAUGCUACCUGAAGGAUGUAUCUUACGUGGUAUUAGAUGAAGCUGAUAGAAUGCUUGACAUGGGAUUUGAACCUGAAGUGCGCGCCAUACUGAACCAGACAAACUCUGUACGUCAGAUGAUUAUGUUCAGUGCAACGUGGCCUGUAUCUGUCCAUCAAUUAGCUCAAGAGUUCAUGGAUCCUAACCCAGUCAAGGUGGUUGUAGGAUCUGAGGAUUUGGCUGCCAACCAUGAUGUCAUGCAGAUUGUGGAGGUCUUGGAAGAUCGUGCACGAGAUGAGCGUUUGGUCACUUUGCUAGAUAAAUACCACAAGUCUCGGAGUAAUAGAGUCUUGGUUUUUGUGCUGUACAAAAAGGAAGCAUCCCGAGUUGAAACUAUGCUGCAGAGAAGGGGUUGGAAAGUAGUUUCUAUUAGUGGGGAUAAAGCACAACAUGCACGUACAAAUGCACUGUCAUUAUUCAAGGAUGGAAGCUGUCCUCUCCUGAUAGCAACUGAUGUGGCUGCUCGAGGAUUGGAUAUUCCAGAUGUCGAAGUAGUUAUAAAUUAUAGUUUUCCACUAACAACAGAGGAUUAUGUCCACCGAAUUGGAAGGACCGGACGAGCUGGUAAAAAGGGUGUAGCACACACAUUCUUCACAAAGGAAAACAAGGGACUAUCCGGUGAGCUGAUAAAUGUUUUGAGAGAAGCUGGACAGGUUGUACCAGCAGCACUUAUGAAUUUUGGUACACAUGUUAAGAAAAAGGAAUCCAAGCUAUAUGGAGCACAUUUUAAGGAAAUUGAUGCAAAUGCUCCCAAAGCAACAAAAAUAAAAUUUGAUUCUGAUGAUGAAGAUUGAUUCUAGAAUUAUGCAAGCGGAAUCGGGAAAUUGAGUUCUAGGAUCUUCCAAGUUCUAAUAUCCAGUUUAUUGUUGGGUAGUAGGCAAUUUUGACAUGGGUAGUAAGAGAAUAUUUUUUUAUUGAGCAACAGACUUGAUAUAUUUAUAGAGUACAUUACAGUGCACUAGUCGGAACUCGGAUGUUGCAUGCCCGAGCAUUUUAACAAUACCAUAAUAGCAGGUUGUAUGCUUUUCAUUGUAUAGACCCUUUUUUUCUCUUA